AUAGACGACUUUUUUUCAAGUUAAGCCGAACGGAAGAAGAAGGAAAAGAGGAAGUUUUGUCGUCGGCUGCUGCGACCAAUCAGGGAGUCAUCCGCCUUGUGCACUUCUUGUGUUGUUGUGUUGUUCUCUUGUUCUUGUUGGUUGCAGAAUUUCAGUUUUCUGUGUGCUGAAAGGAAUAAGCCGGGACGUUAAACGAAACCGCUGCGUUGUAAGAGAUUACGCUCCCUGGCCACCAUGACUUUCUCAGAAGAAAAAGCCAAGUACCUCUCCCUACCCAUUGAUGAGAAGCGCUUGGAGUACAAGUGCAAUAAGGACUUCAAAACUUUGUCGGACAUAGAAACAUGGUCGACAUACUUCCAAAACAAUGAGAGCCGUCUCAUCACUCAGCGUGAGGCUUGUGUUCAGCUUCCGGAAAAACACUCUGUUCAACCUUCCUUAACUGAGAAGAUUUCUUUAUGGAAGGGAGACAUUACCACCCUUGAAAUCGAUGCUAUUGUCAAUGCAGCAAACUCAUCCCUUCUUGGAGGAGGUGGUGUGGAUGGUGCCAUUCAUCGAGCUGCUGGAGGUUCACUGAAAGAAGAGUGCCGCACCCUGAAAGGAUGCUCAGUAGGACAAGCAAAAAUAACUGGAGGGUACAAGCUGCCAGCUAAAUAUGUCAUUCACACUGUUGGGCCUCAAGGUGAACAUCCUCAGGAUCUGAAGAAUUGCUAUGAAUCUUGCCUGGAUCUUGUUAGAGAAAACCGCUUGAAAUCUGUUGCAUUCCCAUGCAUCUCGACUGGUGUAUAUGGCUAUCCACAGGAGGCAGCAGCUAAAGUUGCUCUGAAAACUAUUCGUCUAUUCUUGGAAAAAAAUCACAGUGAGAUUGAUCGAGUUAUCUUCUGUGUUUUUCUACCAACAGAUGUGACAAUAUAUGAGAAUUUCCUUCAAAUGUUUUUCCCAAAAUCAUAGUUGGAAAAAGUAGGAAAUAAAAUGUAAGAAGAUCUUUAUGUAUUUGUAAAUAUGUUAAGUAAUUUCUAGACAAAAGUUUGCUCUAAAUUACAUCAUGCUCUUUCUCUUC